UCACACCCGCACCUGCUCGACACAGGUACCUGUCACGCAGCGAGACACUUUCAAUCCGCUCACAGCAGCCGAACUCUGCGGGGAACAGAACGUUGUCACACGCUCUCCACUGAUCUACAGGGACGCUCCGCUGCUGAUAACAGGCGGCCUGUGAAGAAAGCAACAUAGCGAAGAGAGAGAAAGCUCCACAGCAAACAUGUCAAAAGAAGUCGACAAAGCCACUGUGUUCCAAACCACCAAGGUGAGGAACAAACUGAAGGGAGACGCCAGCUGGAUGCAGCCCCGCGCCGCCCCCCAGGCCGAGACCGAGGAGGAGAAGCCCUGGUUGGCAGAAGUGCGGGCCGGCCGCUCGAACGGAGCCCCCGUUGAGUCCAGUCCAGUGUCUUCGCCGACGCAACCUGCUCCUUCCUCCACAAACCCGGUCACUCAAAGAGCGCCCACAUCAGGAUUCCUCAUCAGAGGUGUGUUCACUAAACUAGAAAACAAGCCGGCUUCACCCGCACCGUCUAACGGCUUCAGUGGAUUGACGCAAAUUAAAAAACCUUCAGAGAGCUACAAGAAAAUUGCUCCUCACACUAGGAGGUCCACCUCAGGUAGUCUGGAGCAGCAGCUGAGCACUGAGGAGCAGGAGAAAAGGACGGAGGCAGCCAGUACUGUUCUGAAGAAAUCCGGAGUGAAGUCAAGAUCUUAUGUGCUUUCGGCCGCUAGGAAAUUUGAGUCUAAAGACUCCGAGCCUGACAUCCCAUUGGUCCCCAGCGGCACAGCAUUUGUUGCUAAAAGGGUGGAAAUUGAUGAUGAUGAAGAGUGCCCUGUUCCAACUCCACCACCUGCCAGUGUGGUGCCUCCUUCCCCUGCUGUGGCACCUGAGGCCAAACCAAAGGAAGCGAUCAAGACCAGCGUUGAUGGCCCUGUGGCUCCAAAGCCUGCAAAACAAGACCCACCGCCGGUGUCUGCUACCGAACAAGCAAAGGAGAAACCAACUUCCGUUGACAUCCCUUUAAUUAAACUGCUCCCACCCUCCCCAACUACUAAAACAGAUUCUUCCUUGUCUGCUGGCCUGACUUCAAAUGACCCAAAACCAUCGGCUCCCGCCCCAGCUACAGUUGAUCCAAAACCAUCUACUCCAGUCCAGACUUCAACUGACCCAAAACCAAAGGCUCCAGUUGCAGCUACAGCUGCCCCAAAACCACCUACUCCAGUCCAGACUUCAACUGAUCCAAAACCAACGGCUCCCGCCCCAGCUACAGCUGCCCCAAAAGCAUCUGCUCCAGUCCAGACUUCAACUGACCCAAAACCAACAGCUCCAGUUGCAGCUACAGCUGCCCCAAAAGCAUCUGCUCCAGUCCAGACUUCAACUGAUCCAAAACCAACGGCUCCCGCCCCAGCUACAGCUGCCCCAAAAGCAUCUGCUCCAGUCCAGACUUCAACUGACCCAAAACCAACAGCUCCAGUUGCAGCUACAGCUGCCCCAAAAGCAUCUGCUCCAGUCCAGACUUCAACUGACCCAAAACCAACGGCUCCAGUUGCAGCUACAGCUGCCCCAUCUGCAUCUGCUCCAGUCCAGACUUCAACUGACCCAAAACCAACGGCUCCAGUUGCAGCUACAGCUGCCCCAAAAGCAUCUGCUCCAGUCCAGACUUCAACUGACCCAAAACCAACGGCUCCCGCCCCAGCUACAGCUGCCCCAAAACCACCUACUCCAGUCCAGACUUCAACUGAUCCAAAACCAACGGCUCCCGCCCCAGCUACAGCUGCCCCAAAAGCAUCUGCUCCAGUCCAGACUUCAACUGACCCAAAACCAACAGCUCCAGUUGCAGCUACAGCUGCCCCAUCUGCAUCUGCUCCAGUCCAGACUUCAACUGACCCAAAACCAACAGCUCCAGUUGCAGCUACAGCUGCCCCAAAACCACCUACUCCAGUCCAGACUUCAACUGAUCCAAAACCAAUGGCUCCCGCCCCAGCUACAGCUGACCCAAAACCAUCUACUCCAGUCCAGACCUUAACUCAUCCAAAACCAACGGCUCUCGCCCCAGCUACAGCUUAUCCAAAACCAUCUACUCCAGUCCAGACUUCGACUGACCCAAAACCAACGGCUCCAGUUGCAGCUACAGCUGAUCCAAAACCAUCUGCUCCAGUCCAGACUUCAACUGACCCAAAACCAACGGCUCCAGUUGCAGCUACAGCUGCCCCAUCUGCAUCUGCUCCAGUCCAGACUUCAACUGACCCAAAACCAACGGCUCCAGUUGCAGCUACAGCUGCCCCAAAAGCAUCUGCUCCAGUCCAGACUUCAACUGACCCAAAACCAACGGCUCCCGCCCCAGCUACAGCUGCCCCAAAACCACCUACUCCAGUCCAGACUUCAACUGACCCAAAACCAACAGCUCCAGUUGCAGCUACAGCUGCCCCAUCUGCAUCUGCUCCAGUCCAGACUUCAACUGACCCAAAACCAACAGCUCCAGUUGCAGCUACAGCUGCCCCAAAAGCAUCUGCUCCAGUCCAGACUUCAACUGACCCAAAACCAACGGCUCCCGCCCCAGCUACAGCUGCCCCAAAACCACCUACUCCAGUCCAGACUUCAACUGAUCCAAAACCAAUGGCUCCCGCCCCAGCUACAGCUGAUCCAAAGCCAUCUACUCCAGUCCAGACUUCAACUGACCCAAAACCAUUGGCUCCUGCCCCAGCUACAGCUGACCCAAAACCAUCUACUCCAGUCCAGACCUUAACUCAUCCAAAACCAACGGCUCCCGCCCCAGCUACAGCUGAUCCAAAACCAUCUACUCCAGUCCAGACUUCGACUGACCCAAAACCAACGGCUCCAGUUGCAGCUACAGCUGAUCCAAAACCAUCUACUCCAGUCCAGACUUCGACUGACCCAAAACCAACGGCUCCCGCCCCAGCUACAGCUGCCCCAAAACCACCUACUCCAGUCCAGACUUCAACUGAUCCAAAACCAAUGGCUCCCGCCCCAGCUACAGUUGAUCCAAAGCCAUGUACUCCAGUCCAGACUUCAACUGACCCAAAACCAUUGGCUCCUGCCCCAGCUACAGCUGAUCCAAAACCAUCUACUCCAGUCCAGACUUCAACUGACCCAAAACCAACUGCUCCAGUUGCAGCUACAGCUGAUCCAAAACCAUCUACUCCAGUCCAGACUUCGACUGACCCAAAACCAAUGGCUCCAGUUGCAGCUACAGCUGAUCCAAAACCAUCUACUCCAGUCCAGACUUCGACUGACCCAAAACCAACGGCUCCCGCCCCAGCUACAGCUGCCCCAAAACCACCUACUCCAGUCCAGACUUCAACUGAUCCAAAACCAAUGGCUCCCGCCCCAGCUACAAUUGAUCCAAAGCCAUCUACUCCAGUCCAGACUUCAACUGACCCAAAACCAUUGGCUCCUGCCCCAGCUACAGCUGACCCAAAACCAUCUACUCCAGUCCAGACCUUAACUGAUCAAAAACCAACGGCUCCAGUUGCAGCUACAGCUGCCCCAAAAGCAUCUGCUGCAGUCCAGACUUCAACUGAUCCAAAACCAGCUGCUCAAAUGACCUCAACCACGACUUUAACUGAUCCGAAACCAACGGCUCCAGUCCAAACUUCAACUGUACCAAAACCAACGGCUCCGGUGCCAGCUACAGCUGAUCCAAAAUCAGUUACCCCAGUAACCUCUGCCUCGACUUCAACUGAUCCAAAACCAACGGCUGCAGUUGUAGUUACAGCUGCCCCAAAAGCAUCUGCUCCAGUCCAGACUUCAACUGACCCAAAACCAUCAGCUCCCGCCCCAGCUACAGCUGCCCCAAAAGCAUCUGCUCCAGUCCAGACUUCAAUUGACCCAAAACCAUCAGCUCCUGCCCCAGCUACAGUUGAUCCAAAACCAUCUACUCCAGUCCAGAUUUCAACUGACCCAAAACCAACGGCUCCAGUUGCAGCUACAGCUGCCCUAUCUGCAUCUGCUCCAGUCCAGACUUCAACUGACCCAAAACCACCCGCUCCAGUUGCAGCUACAGCUGCCCCAAAAGCAUCUGCUCCAGUCCAGACUUCAACUGACCCAAAACCAACAGCUCCCGCCCCAGCUACAGCUGCCCCAAAAGCAUCUACUCCAGUCCAGACUUCAACUGACCCAAAACCAAUGGCUCCAGUUGCAGCUACAGCUGCCCCAAAAGCAUCUGCUUUAGUCCAGACUUCAACUAUUCCAAAACCAGCCGCUCAAAUGACCUCAACCACGACUUUAACUGAUCCGAAACCAACGGCUCCAGUUGCAGUUACAGCUGCCCCAAAAUCAGUUACCCCAGUGACCUCUGCCCCGACUUCAACUGAUCCAAAACCAGCUGCUCCAGUCCAAACUUCAAUUGACCCAAAAGCAUCCACUCCAGUCCUGACUAUAACUGAUCCAAAACCAACGACCCCCCCCACAGCUACAGCUGCCCCAAAAGCAUCUGCCCCAGUCCAGACUUUAACUGACCCAAAACCAACAGCUCCCGCCCCAGCUACAGCUGAUUCAAAACCAUCUACUCCAGUCCAGACUUCAACUGACCCAAAACCAAUGGCUCCAGUUGCAGUUACAAUUGCCCCAAAAGCAUCUGCUUCAGUCCAGACGUCAACUGAUCCAAAACCAACGGCUCCAGCCCCAGCUACAGCUGCACCAAAAACAUCUGCUCCAGUGACCUCUGCCCUGACUUCAACUGAUCCAAAACCAUCUAUUCCAGUCCAGACUUCAACUGACCCCAAACCAACGGCUCCAGUCCCAGCAACAGCUGCCCCAAAACCAGCUACCCGAGUGACCUCUGCCCUGACUUCAACUGACCCAAAAUCAGAGGUUCCAGUCCCGACUUCAGCUGCCCUAAAACCAGUCAUAGUCCAGACUUCAACUGAUCCAAAACCAGUUACCCCAGUGUCUUUGGUAAAAAAACAAGAAUCUAAAAAGCCAAGCUCUGGCGACCCCCUCACUGCACUGUCCGACACCCUCAUUUCAUUUGACACAAGUUCAAGCAGUGAGAAGCCAGCCCCAGUGCUCAGCAAAAGUAACCCGUUCACAGACGAUCUGCUGUCUCUCGGUGAUAGUCCAAAGAAGUCAGCACAGCCUGUUCCCAGCAGCCCGGGACGCUGGAGUCAGGAUCUGCUCAGUGAACUAAACAGCCUCAGCACGCAGCGAGAGGAGGGGAAGCAGACAGAUGAGACAGCCAAAGAAACACAAAGCACGGCUGAACCGUUUGAUCCGUAUCCAAGAGGGACCACAUCCCCUAACAGCUCCUCUGACCUGCUUCAGCCCCUCACAGGAACUUCCAUCAACAGAACACUUCUGGAGACUGACACAGACGAGAGCCAAGGAGCCGAGCCAGAAAGCCAAGCUGAAGACCAAGAGACGCUGAUCAUGUUUGAGAGAACGUCCACUGACAAUGACUCACCGUGGUCCAGGUGGAUGUCACCCAGUGUCUAUACCAUCACCACAACAAAAGAGGAGGAGAAGAAAAGCCUCAAGGAAAAAGAAACCGUCACUACCACCACCAUCACCAGGAGCGUGAUAGAAGAAGACCGACGCGUCCGAACACCAGAACCUGAGGCCAAAAAGGGGUUCGUGUUCGUGAAGGAGUAUGUCAGUGCAACGGAGCUGGCCUUGCAUAAUGCCACAGACAGUGCGCCGGACUAUGUGAUGCCGAGCUCCGUCAGCGCCUCCUACAGCAGCCCCUCCACCUACUCCAGCGCUUCAGAUUAUUUGACAUCAAGCUCCACCAGUUACUCCUACAGAAGCCCGUCCGCCUACUCCAGUGGCUCACUGUCAUCCACCUGUACAUACUGCGGAGAGCAGGUGGGCAAUGAUGCCAAGAUCACAAUUGAGCACCUCAAUAUCAACUGCCACCCUGCCUGUUUCAAGUGUGGCGUGUGUGGGAAGCCUAUGGGAGACCUUCUCCACAAUAUGUUCCUACAUCGUGGACAAGUCCACUGUGAGAACUGCUACUCCAAAGCCUUCGACUGAUUACGGAAGCUCUUCAGCGGCCUCUUAUCCUCAUCCCAUUUUAUAUUCAUUUGCAUAUAAAGUGACAACUGGUCUUUCACAAAGUUUAGACUGUGUUACACUUACGGAUUUAAGGAUGCUAUGGUAUUGGCUGUAAAGUUGAUUCUUACAUUUUGUUAAAUUUUUACUUUCUUAAGUAUGUUACACAAGCUUGCUUUGCUUAUUUCUGCUGCUGGUGAAAGCUAUAUCUGCCUAAGUAGAGCAUGAAGGAUAUAUCUGUACAUGAUGCUCUACAUGACUGUGAACAGACCAGUACUGGCGAGUUGGGUACAAUAUUAAGAUUUAUCAACUGUAGUUACAAAAUGCUGUCUUUGUUCGUCUUGAUACAAAAAGUGUGUACAUGUCAGAUACUUUGUUACAAAAUAAAACAAUUUUCAUGA